AUGUAUAUUCAUGAUAAACUACUUACGCACACGUUGCAGAAAAGGCUGACCGGUAACGCAGGAUAUGUUUUCCUUGCUAAUAUAAUAGCUUUAAUGCUUGCUGUAGUUGCAGUUGGGGUGGUAAAUAAGCGAAGAAAGCAGCGAGGUAUCCAACCAAUUUAUGGUACCCGUUGGAUCACACCUCCAACAUAUCGCCAAUCACAGCAUCAAUAUGAACAACCAGAUCAUAUUCGAGACCCUGAUUUGCCAAGUGCCUAUGUACCCGCGUAUACUGCUACGGCUAAUGAACAUGAUAUGGGAUACUAUGAUGGUUCGGGAAAAUUCCAUCCAAAUCCAAAUGUGAAAACACCUAUUCCUCUUCCUCCACCAGCUCGGCAUAGAACUGAAAGCUAUGGAGAUGUUGCUCCUAUAAUGAAUGAUUUACCAGUGAGUUUCUUAGCUACUGAUCGAGUGGGAAAUAAUGGCAAUAACUGCAGAGCAUCUACUUCUUCUGGAGGGACCACAACAACUGCAGAUAAUGAAGUACAUGAACUUACGAAUACAGUUGAUGGUGAAAUUACAAGAACUACGGAUCAAUCUGUAGUUACAGAGAAUAAUUCUGUGUCUGAAACUGAUAGAACAAAUACUGUCUACAAUUCGAACAAUUGA